AUGGGUGAAACUGAAGAAUUUAAUACACUAACAUUUGAAAAGAAACUUAUGCAGUUAAAAGAUACUCAAGAGAGUAUUCAAUCGUUGUCUUCAUGGUGUUUGAAACAAAGAGAGCAUCAUAAAAAAAUUGUUUCCAGCUGGUUAAAUGUUUUGAAGCGUGUGAAGGUGGAGCAGAGACUAGUGUUGUUUUACCUUGCUAAUGAUGUAAUUCAGUAUAGCAAAAGGAAGAAUUAUGAAUUUGUUGAGAGCUGGGGACUAAAUUUACAAAAAGCCACUCCACUUGUCAGGGAUGAAAAGGUGCGACCAAAAAUAUUGCGGAUUUUCAAGAUUUGGGAACAGAGAUCAGUUUAUGAUGAUGAAUUCCUGUCAGAUCUAACUGGACUCCUCAGUGCUGGAGCUGUGAAAAAGACAGAUGAUGAUCCUUUGGACUUUCAGCCACAACAGUUAGUGAAUAAAAUAAAACAGUGUGCAGUGCUGGAGGCGGAUACAGAUUUGAGAUUGAAAUAUAUACAUGAGAGCCAUUUGCAGCUCUCAGAUGCAGAUGCGUUAUGUGCUAGCCUUAAGGAUAGAAGUAAUAAGGAUGAUGUGGAGAAAGAACUCAAUGAGGGCAUAGCCUGUGUAGAAAGGUACACACAAGCACUACAGAGAGAAAUAGUUGCUCGGGAAGCUCUUUUAGCACUCUUAGCAUCUGCAAAUCAGUACUACUCUACGCAAAGGGGGGAAGUAAAAGUUGUUGCUUAUGCAUACAAAACUUUUGGCGCGCGUGUUCGCGCAUUAAAGCGAAAGUUAGACGAGUUAAUACCAACCUUACCCAAUGCAGCUCCAUCCCCUCCACAGAGGGAUGAAGAUGUUCCCUCGCCUGGACCAGAUGAGGACUUAGAUCUUCCCAAUACCACAGAGACUGGGGAUGAUGAUAUAUCAUACAACAUUGACCAAACAUUCAACACAUCAUUGGCUGCUGAUGGAUCUCUUUACAAUCUGGGCCUAUCAUCAUUUUUAACAUCAGAAAAUCCUUUGUCGAUUUUCAAUGAUUCUGAUACUGACCUUAACAGUGCUAAUAAAAUAGAGGUCAUAAACAAUAGAUCGGAUGAAAAACAAGAUUUUAACAUAAACGAUUUCCUAAAAACGUUCGCGCCAAAUGAAAAUAAUCCUAAUACAUCGGAUAAUAAUUCAGUGGCUAGUGCGACAAUGUCGCAAAAGUCCCAAGACGCGUUACCCGGGCUGGAUCUUCUUACACCGGAGAGCACGGGCAACCCGCCGCCGCCUACAUCAUUCUAUGGUACUAACUCUAUGGAUGCUAUGAACGAUGAACCAGAACAGCCGUACAUACCAGAAACCAACACUCGGUGGAGCAACAGUAACUGGACAAUACCUCGCACGAGCGGGGCGGCGGCGCGCGGCGCGCUGUCGGACACGCCGGAGUCGCCGCCGCCCGCGCCGCUGCCGCCGCCGCCCAUGCCCAACAUGCCCGCGCUGUCCGCGCUGCCCACGCUGCCCACGCUGCCCACGCUACCCACGCUACCCACUCUACCCACUCUAUCCAGCACGCCCCAAGUGCCCACAGUACCCACGGUGCCCACGCUACCCACCAUGGCUUCGAUGAAGGUGCUAUCGGACUCCUACAGCCAGGAUGUACCUCCUACAGAUGUAGAUCAUAGAGGAAUAUUACCUCCCCCUCCCCCUCCACCAGUUCUUCAAAUUCUAGGUCAUGGAGAAGACAUAGACCAUCGAUUGUUGUCGAAUUUACCUCCCCUCCCCCCGUCGGUCACUACUUCAGCUGUGAGGCAUCCUACGUCACAUCAAGAUGUAGAUCACAGGAACUUGAUAUCGUUGACGCAUCAGUUGACAAGUCAGACGAGGCCUCUCAAUCCCAGCAAAGGAGAUCAAGAUUAUCGAGUGCCACCGGUGACCGUCCCUAGCGAUAUCGUGGAAAGCGUCGAUAUGGAUCUCUCUGAAGACGAGGAUCACCAAGCCCUUUACUCUAACCAGCCUAACCAAAAUGAGCAUGCGCGUCGGCACAGCUUUAACAACAAUAAGGUUCUAGUUGGUGGGAAUAAUGGAAAAUCAAACCACAAUGACCAAAACCAUACAAACCUCAUUCAAAUUAACAGCGUACCCGACAAAGAAAGAGUUGUGGAGGGACCAAAGUCAGCUCCCAUAAUACCCAUGAACAAUCCAUUCGAAAAGAUGCCACCAGCAUUGAAACCUUUCAAUAUGGCAUUCCAGAAGAACUUUGAGGAAAGAGAUGAUUCUAAUGAUAGCUUAUUCGAAGAAGACCUGAGAAGUAGGGGCCUGGACAAGCCCAACAUGGACAACAUUCGAAAUCCAUCGCCUCCAGAAUAUGGGGACUUUAAUAAUAGUGAAUGGCAAAACCAAAGCCCGAGGCCGUUUAUGAAUCAGCGAUUCCCUAGAAACUGGGGCCCUCGGACUAAUUUCAGGCCUCAAGGUUUCGGACCGCAACAGUUCUGGCCCCGGAACGGCCCGAGGCCCCCAAACCGAUGGAUGGGCCCGAGACCGCAAAGAUUUUGGUGA